AUGGAGACUGAACGUGUAACCGAGUUUCCCCAAAGGCAUCUGGACCGGCGACCGAGAAAGAAACCACGGCUGGGCUGGGAUGUUGCUCCUCAGGUCCCUAAGGCCCAGCCAGGGUUGUUUUGUGGAAAAGAGGUUGGGAAUGUGACAAGCUUUGGAUCUUCAAGGGCAACCUCCGACCAUACUAGUUCUGCUCUGUUUGUUAAGGGACUGGCACAAAAUGGUUCUCCCCCAUGGCGAGACGAUGACAAGGAUGGGCAUUAUAUGUUUGCGGUUGGAGAUAAUUUAACUUCUCGCUAUAAAAUUCACAGCAAAAUGGGAGAAGGAACAUUUGGUCGAGUCCUAGAGUGCUGGGACAAGGAAAGGAAGGAAAUGGUUGCCAUCAAAAUUGUUCGUGGUAUUAAGAAGUACCGUGAGGCAGCUAUUAUUGAAGUUGAAGUGCUGCAACAGCUUGUUAAGCAUGAUAAAGGUGGCAAUCGUUGUGUUCAAAUACGGAACUGGUUUGACUAUCGUAACCAUAUCUGUAUUGUGUUUGAGAAGCUUGGCCCAAGCCUAUACGAUUUUCUACGGAAAAACAAUUAUCGCUCUUUUCCCAUUGAUCUUGCUCGUGAGAUUGGCAGCCAACUGUUGGAAUGUGUAACAUUCAUGCAUGAUUUGCGUCUCAUACACACUGAUUUGAAGCCUGAGAACAUACUCCUUGUGUCUCCUGAUUAUGUUAAGGUUCCAGACUACAAGGUUUCAUCGUGCUCACCAAAGGAUAGUUCUUACUUUAAGAGAGUUCCAAAAUCAAGUGCCAUUAAAGUAAUUGAUUUUGGAAGCACAACUUACAACCGUCAGGAUCAAACAUACAUUGUAUCUACAAGACAUUACCGUGCACCAGAAGUUAUUCUAGGACUUGGUUGGAGUUACCCGUGUGAUAUAUGGAGUGUUGGUUGUAUUUUGGUGGAGCUUUGCACAGGUGAAGCAUUGUUCCAAACACAUGAAAAUUUGGAGCACCUUGCCAUGAUGGAGAGGGUCUUUGGUCCACUGCCCCUGCAAAUGUUGAAAAGAGUAGACCGGCAUUCAGAGAAGUAUGUUAGAAGGGGUAAAUUGGACUGGCCUGAAGGUGCAACCUCUAGAGAAAGUAUAAAAGCUGUUCUGAAGCUUCCUCGUCUUCAGAACCUAAUCAUGCAGCAUGUAGACCAUUCAGCUGGGGAUCUCAUACAUCUCUUGCAAGGGCUUCUUAGAUAUGACCCUUCAGAAAGGUUGACAGCACGGGAGGCCCUCAGACAUCCUUUCUUCACCCGGGAUCAUCUCAGAAGAUCUUGAGAUCACGUAAACACCUGAUAUGUUCUAGGUCAGCUGAUGCGUAUUAUUGCUGGGCCAGUGAAGGCUUUGAUCUCACUCACCUGAGUGGUGCAAAUGACCGAAGCUCUUUCAGUGCAGGGCAGUCAGUUUACUCAUGGACCAGAGGAAGGUGUUUUUGGUUGGGGGAUGGGGUGGAUUGUAAAUACUCUUAUGUAGAAAAGCAUCAUGUCCAGUUAUUAAGGUUGGAUCGCCUGACCAUCAAACGUCUAACAAUUUCUGACCACUGAUUUCGAGUCUGUACAAGGAACAAGAUUCAAUGAUAUAUGAAAUUCUUUUCUUUGCUUAUUUUUA